AUGAGCUCCAAUGGCUACCGCGUGCGGCGCGUGAUCGCGGCCUUUAUGCUUGCCUGCAUUAGCUCAUCUAAUGGCCAAGUUGUAGGCGAUCCCGAAACAGGUGACCCCCGACUAGUGGAGCACCUACGGCAAGAGGGAUUCCACACUACGCCGAUGACGCAGAAUUCUGAGCAUGGUGACAGCCUUAGGGUCACCUUACUGGGCCUGCCGAAAAUUUACUAG